GCCUCUUCCUGGCCCCGCCUCCUUGGUCCAGGCAAAUUUUGAACAGCUGCAGGAGGAGGUGAGUUGCACAGCAGGAGUCUAUUUAGGGAAAGCAGAGCAAGAGGGGAAGGGAAGGGUGCCCAGAGGGGACAAACCUAGGGAGUGAAGGUGGGUGAUCUUCCGGAACACAGGCGUUGGCAGUGGGGUUUCCUCCUUCCUAUUCUUCUGCAUUCCAAGUCCUGCCGACAGGUUAAGACCCAACAUGAAAGAGGUUAAAAUGGAGAACCAUGAAAAAGGAGCCAGGUUUCCUUGAGGUCUGAGGCUGGUGAGUGGACAGACUCUUGCUGUGAGGACGAUCUCAUGUCCCCUGACCAAACUGCAGUCUGUGCAGAUAUGGAGCCUUUGAAUGAGGAAGCUAACAAGAACCAAGAGCUGAAGAGCUCUGAGCUGAGGGAGCCACUCCAGGCAGCAGCGCAGACAGCCAAAGAGCAAGAUACCCAGUGCAUUAUGAAGGUGGAAGCUGUUUGGAGACAAUGGGUGGGAAAUCCCAGCGGGAUAUUAAAUAAAACAAUUAGAUGUUCAGAAAGCAGCAAAGGCCUGGAUGAAAUCUCAGCCAAGGAGGCAAAAGGGAAGGAUGAGGGACAAGUAACCUCAACGGAAUGUGAUAACAGCUCCUACAUUGCAGAAGAGAGGCCGUAUAAGUGCUCAGACUGUGGGAAAACCUUCUGUAGGAACGCUAACCUUAUUAGACAUUAUAGAACCCACACAGGGGAGAAACCCUAUGAAUGCAGCGUAUGUGGGAAGAGCUUCUCUCAGAAAGGAAAUCUUGCUAUGCAUGAGAGAAUCCAUGCAGAAGAGAAGCCGUACAAGUGUUUGCAUUGUGGGAAAUCAUUCUGUAAGAACGCUGACCUCCUUCGACACCAGCGCAGUCAUACAGGGGAGAAACCGUAUCGGUGCUCAGGGUGCGGGAGAAGCUUCAGCAUGAAUUCUGACUUUAUUAUACAUUUCAGAACCCACACAGGAGAGAAGCAACAUGAAUGCUCAGAAUGCGGCAAAAGCUUCAAUAAGAAAUGUAACCUGGUUGCACACGCCAGGACCCAUACCGGGGAGAAACCGUACAAAUGCUCAGAGUGCGAGAAAUCUUUCACUACAAACUCGGAAGUCUUUAAACAUUACAGAACCCACUCAGAAAACAAACCUUACGACUGCUGGAACUGUGGCAAGAGGUUCAGGCAAGAAUCUCAUUUAGCCACACAUAGGAGAAUCCACACUGGGGAGAAGCCAUACGAAUGCUCAGACUGUGGGCAGAAAUUUACUCGGAAAGGAAACCUCGCUCUUCACGAGAGAAUCCACACAGAAGAGAAACCGUAUAAAUGCUUGGAAUGCGGCAAAUCGUUCCAAGCAAACUACAAACUUAUUGCACAUCAGAGACUCCAUGCGGGAGACGCUCCAUACGAAUGUCCAGACUGCGGCAAAAGCUUCAUCUGGAAAGGGAGACUCGCAGCACACCUGCAGUUCCACUCAGAGAAGAAACCAUAUGAAUGUCUGGAUUGUGGGAAAUCCUUUGUUAUGAACUCUGAUCUCCUUAGACAUCAGAGAACCCACACGGGCGAGAAACCAUAUGAAUGCUCGGACUGUAAGAAAAGCUUUAGCCGGAAAGAUGGCCUUCUCAAACAUAUAAUCGUCCAUUCAGGGGAGCAAUCGCAGACGUAUGAGAAACCCUAUGGAUGCUUGCACUGUGGCAGAAGCUACAAUUACAAGCAAAAUCUCAUUAUUCAUAUGAGAAACCACAGUGGAGAAAAGCCCUAUCGGUGUUCAGACUGUGAUAAGGCCUUUAAUACAAACUCUGAGCUUACUAAACACCGGAGAAUGCACACAGGAGAGAAACCGUACAAGUGUUCUGAGUGCGGGAAAAGCUUCAGCCAGAAAGGAGACCUCAUUGUCCAUGUGAGGAUCCACACAGGGGAGAAACCAUAUAAGUGUACCGAUUGCGGCAAAUGUUUUAGCCUUAGUUACCUUGUGAUCCGCCACCAGCAAAUGCACACAGGGGAGAAACCGUUUCUGUGUUCUGAAUGUGGGAAAUGUUUUGGUAUACGCUCAAAACUUAUUCGGCACCAGUUGACUCACACAGGAGAAAAACCAUACAAGUGCUUGGACUGCGGUCAGUGUUUCACUCGUAAAACGAACCUUUUCAAACAUUUGGCAGCCCAUUCAGUGAAGAAACCAGACAUCUACCAAAGAGAGGGUCCCUCAGCAUGGAGUGAAGGCAGAAAGCAACAGCCUCCAGAAAUUGACAUGGAUGAGCCCAUUCUGUGUGCAAAAAACUUUAAAGAUUUAGAUGCCAUCACAGCCAAGGAGGAGAUCGAGAAAAAUGACAAGCAAGUGGCAUUGACCGAAUGUGAGAUGGACUCUCCAAGGUCUACAUGCACCCACAUGGAAGGGAAACCACAUAAGUGUCCAGACUGCGGAAAGUCUUUCAGCAUGAAUUCUCACCUUAUUAGUCAUCAGAGAACCCACACGGGGGAGAAACCGCACAGAUGCUCAGCGUGUGGUAAGAGUUUCUCUCAGAAAGGGCAUCUUGCGGUCCAUGAGAGGAUCCACAUGGAAGAGAAACCGUACAAAUGCUCAGAAUGUGGGAAGUCUUUCUGUAAGAACGCUGACCUCACCAGGCACCACCGAAACCACACUGGGGAGAAGCCGUACAAAUGCGCCGACUGCGGAAAGUCCUUCAGCAUGAACUCUGACUUCGUUAGGCAUUACAGAACCCACAUGGGAGACAGAAUGUACGAAUGCUCGGACUGUGGUAAGAGCUGUGGAACGAAGAGCCACCUGGUUGCUCACUUGAGAAUGCACACUGGAGAGAAACCAUUCGCCUGUGCGGUCUGUGGGAAAAGCUUUUCUCAGAAAGGGAACCUUGUCAUUCAUCAGAGACUCCACACCGAGGACAAGCCCUAUAAGUGCUCGGACUGCGGGAAGUCCUUCUGCAAAAAUGCUGAUCUUGUCAGACAUCGCCGAAACCAUACAGGGGAGAAACCGUACACGUGCCUGGAGUGCGGCCGAUCCUUUAGUAUGAACACUGACUUUAUCAGGCAUUACAGAACCCACACGGGGGAGACUCAGUACAAAUGCUCCGAGUGCGGCAAAAGCUUUAGCAAGAAGUGCAACCUGGUCACACAUGUGAGAAGCCACACGGGCGAGAAGCCCUACAAAUGCUCAGCGUGUGGGAAAAAGUUCUCCCUCAAAGGGAACCUUGUAGCCCAUGAGAAAACCCACACGAAAGAGAAGCCAUGCAAAUGCUUGGACUGCGGGAGGUCCUUCAGUGUGAACUCUAAACUUGUUGAGCACCAGCGACUUCACACACGAGAAAAACCGUACGAAUGCUCAGACUGUGGCAAAAGAUUCCGCUGGAUCGGAAAUUUCAUGUCGCACAUACAGUUCCACUCGGGGGAGAAACCCUACGAGUGUUCACUGUGUGGGAAAUCCUUCAUUAUACAACACGACCUUGUUCGGCACCAGAGGACCCACACUGGAGAGAAGCCCUACAGAUGCGCGGAGUGCGGGAAAACGUUCAGUCAGAAGGGGAGCCUUGUUGUACAUGAGAGAAUCCACACGGGAGAGAAGCCGUACAGGUGCGCGGAUUGUGGGAAAUGUUUCAACCUCAGCUCUUGCCUCAUCCGACAUCAGCUCACCCACACGAGGGAGAAACCCUAUAAAUGUGCAGAUUGCGGGAAAAGUUUUGGCGUCAGCUCUCGCCUCCUCCAACACCAGCAGAUCCACACAGGAGAGCGGCUUCAUAAGUGCUCGGAAUGUGGGAAGAGCUUCGCUCACAGAAAAACUCUUGUCAAGCACAUGCAAACACACACACAGGAGGAGAAGGAGGAGCCACAGACUUGCUUGGUGUGUGGGGAAAGUUUCACGGACCCUCUUGCUUUUAGCCAGCAUAAGAGAGUCCACACUGAGGAGAACUCCUAUGAAAUCGCCCUGUUGUGACAAACAUUUGCAUAUCGGCCUUUAUAGAGGAAAUAACCCAGAGGAAGAAUGAGGAUGUCACAUCAGAUAAUAUCCAUCAGAAGGAUGGAUAUUUUAAAUGCUCUGAUUGUGGAAAGAGAUCAUGAGGGAUACUUAUUAGGAAACAAGUAACUUUUCUGUGGUGGAUCAGAUCAUAAUUCUUUCCAUAUGCUCCUUCACCUCAACGCCACCACAAGGGCUAAUGGAGAACCACCUUUCCCUGAGAGGAGAAGGGAGAAAGCAGCCUGAGGACUGCUGUUACUUGAGUCAGGAGAGGUUAUGGUUUGAAGCUGUUGUGCCACCAGUGAUUCCAUCUGGACUUAAUUUAGAUAUUUUGCUAAACAUUUCAAGUAUUGUCUGUCUUGUUAGAAAUGACCAACUGGUGGUUUUUAGACGACUUCUAAGGUAUUCCUGAUAUUGCUGUGGCAUAGGAACCAAUUUCUAGGGGCCAAGGUGCAUUCGCUCCCCACUCCAUAAAAUAUUUCAGGGGGCCAAAUCCCCCCCCAAGUUGAUGGGCAUUGCCAUUCAAAUGGUGUGUGCAUCAUGUGAUCAAUUAUGUGGGGCAGGGCUUAACCUGCCUCCCCCAUGUUUUAUUCAAGUUGGAACCCCUGUGCUAUGGUGAGGAAGCCCUGAGGCUACAUAUUUGGGGGACACACACGCUUUUAAUAUUACAAGACUUGCUUACUGAAAUAGGUUUGCUUUUCACUCAGUUUUGUAUGUUACCAAACAGGUACUUGCUGUGAUUGGUUCAAUUUUAUGUAACGUCCAAAAUCUUACCUGUUUUAAUUUGUCAUUUGUGUGGAGCGUGUGUGCGUUGACACAAUCUAGUUCAGUUUAGAUAAAGAGAAAUUGGAUGGCACCUCAUUGCAUAGCUGACACAGGAAAGAUGUUACAUUAAAUAAUUGGGUAUAAUAUGUCCUGUAACACCAUUAAAAGGUUUCUUCCUUUUUUAUGAAUAUCAAGGGUCAUUCUAGCGAUCAGUCUGCAAUCCUAUACACCAGAGCUUUCCAAACGGUGUGUUGCAACUUGUUGGUGUGUUGGCUGCAGUGUGUAGGUGUGUUGCAUAAACUCUCACCACACUUCCCCCAGGGCUGGAAAAGGGUUAGUUUAACCUCCGCUGGUAAAACUGAAUUACUGUAUCACAAAAUGAUGCAUGUCUAAAAAGUGUGUCGCCAACAUGAAAAGUUUGGAAAGCUCUGCUCUACACACGUAUGUGGAAAAAUAUUCUGUUUCGCUCAGUGGUCUUUACCUCUGAGUAGACAUGAAAAAAACUUGAAAGAACAAACAAACCUCCAGCCACUUUGAAGAACCGAAGGAAAAACAGGAGGAGAGUGACCAUUUCACUGACUAAGGAGAAUGUAGCUUACAUUUCUGGCGUGGGCUGGGGGAACCUGUGGCCCUCCAGUUGUUGGACUACAAUUCCCAUCAUCCCUGACCAUUGGGCAUGCUGGCUGGGGCUGAUGGGAGCUUUUGUCCAUCCACUGUAGUUUGUUCAUGGUGCUGAGAGCUGGUAGGAGGCCCCUCAUAUAGCCACAAUCUCCAGCACUCGUAAAACUACAGUUCCCAGGGUUCCAAAAGGGAAGCAAUGACUGUAGAUUCGUGUAAAUGUGGUAUUACAUAUGCAACAGUAUGUCUGCCCCUAAACCAGGCACCCCCAAACUGCGGCCCUCCAGAUUUUUGGCCUACAACUCCCAUGAUCCCUAGCUAACAAGACCAGUGGUCGGGGAAGAUGGGAAUUGUAGUCCAAAACAUCUGGAGGGCCGAAGUUUGGGGAUGCCUGCCCUAAACCUUUGCAGAUGUAAGCUUAAGUGAAGAUGCGAUCGUGUUUACCCAAUACCAUCAUGAGCAGAAAUAAUCAAGAAUGCACAAUAGGGAGGAUGCCUGGAGGGGCCAUUGUUCUUGGCUUACCACUCAUGGUUUGCUUGAGGGAAACAAACAGUGAGCCGGAACAAUGGUUUGUUUCCCUAGCAGCAGCUGGGGUGGGGGAGGAGCAAAGCUCCUGUUGUUUAAACCAUAGUUUAGUUUAAUUGUGGUUUAAAGUAAUGUGUGAACCAGGCUGCCAGCAAUCCCUGGCAGACAGCUAAUAUUCUGAGAUCUAUGGCAUCUGAACCUGGAGUUGGCCCUCCAGAUGUUGCUGAACAACAAGGAUGGAUCUGAGGCAAGUUGGAUCCUAACAAGAGCCUCACACUGGGCUUAAAGCACCUUAAUGGUCAGAUGCCAAGAGGGUAAUGUUAAGUCUUUGUAUAAAUGCAUGAAAUGUUUCUUGUUCAAGCUAAAGACCAGGCAAAUGCCUACAGGAACAAACACAAACAUAUUAUUUACCCCCGUCCUUUCUUCUGAGAAGCUCAGAACCCUGUGAGGUAGGUCAGGCUAGGAGAGACACAAUGACAGAUUCGGUGAGCUUUCCCCAGGUCCUAGGCUCCACCUACACUAUACAUUUAAAGCACUACCAUGCCACUUUAAACGAUCAUGGCUUCCUCUAAGGAAUCAUGGGAAUUGUAGUUUGUUGAGGGUGCUGAGAGUUGUCAAGAGACACCCUGCUCCCCUCACAGAGCUAUACUUCCCAAUGUGGCUUAACAGUCAAUUCCUCUUCCCAGGGAAUUCUAGGAAUUGUAGCUGUAAGAGGUGAGCC